AUGCAGCAAAUGAUAUCUGCUGUACAGAAUAUGACUAAAUCGAAUACGUCAACCAAAGAGUCGCCAAAGCCUGACACCUCAAAAGCGGAACCAGCGCUCGCAACACCCGUAUUGAAGGCUAAGGAUGGGUCUGCACAUCCACAUUCUGGUAGUGAUACGCGGUAUUAUCACACCAUAACCGCAUCGACGACACGGCGUCCCAGUGCCAUGGCUAAAGUCAUAGAUAUGUUCCGUGGUCGUUCCUCUAUGCCGGGACAAGGCGUACCAGUAGAGAACGCUGACAAAAGAAAAAGCGGUAAGUACUAA